GUCUAUUGGUAUCUAAUGUGUUCAAUAGUGCCAGGGUUCUGCUCGGAAUCUACUCCAAGUAGCGGAGAGAAGACCUCACAAAUGGAAUUGAACGAUUUCAAUGGAUUGCCAAUGGAAACCAUUAGCAUCAUCCAAUCCCAUUUGUGAUGGGUAAUUCUCCUACUCCUACUUUCUUGGAAGAAAUUCGUAAAGUGAUUAGGCAUCUGAGUACUCUGGAUCCAAUACUAGAUAUUAGAAUGCCUAUUUCAAUGAUGUCAGAUGUCAAAAUUAUUAUACGUGUUUUUCGCACGUGUUACAUAUUACUGUUCAAAACUUGAAAUACGAUUCUCAAACAAAAUCUACAUACACGUGUAAUCAACGCUUCGUUAGAGUAAUUUCAUAUUUAUUACUGUUCAUGUACCGUGACAAAAAAUUAUGAAUUUUCAAUAUGUACGUUUGAUGUAAAUUAUACAUCACAUAAUGCAUUAAAGAUCUGAGAAACUAAAUACGUGAACUAUGUAAUAAAAUCACUAAUAUUGGAGUCUUUAAAAAAUUGCAAUCAUUUGGGUGGGAUAAAUGACUUGCGAUACUUGAUUAACAUAUUGAACUUUGUUACCUUUGUUACCUUCGUUGCCUUUUUACUUUGAUAAGAAUAUCAAUAAAUACCAAGGUUAUUACUCAUUUAUACGCAGUGCAUAAUAUUUUCUUCAAUUGUGAUUCUAUAAAGAGGGAUCAAUUAAUUAGUGGAGUGUUUAUUAUAUGCAAGUUGUUGCCUAUUAUCAUGAGUCAGUUGAAAAAGCAAUUCGCGGAAGUGAAAUUCCCAGUACCAUGGGGACAUGUUGCUGCAAAAGUCUAUGGUUCUCCAAAAGAGAAGAAAAUUUUGGUAGUACAUGGUAUUUUAGACAAUGCUGGAUCUUUUGACAGAUUAAUAGAACUACUUCCACAAGAGUACCAGUAUGUAAGCAUAGACUUACCAGGACAUGGAUUUUCUUCACCAUUUCCUUCUGGACUACCAUUGAAAUUUUUUGAUUAUGUUCAUACAAUUUUACUAGUUCUAAACACUUUAAAAUGGAGAACUUGUAUCUACUUAGCACAUAGUUUUGGUGCUCAUAUAGGAACAUAUUUCAGUGUAUUGUAUCCUGGUCGACUUGAAAGAAUUAUAGCUAUUGAUGGAUUUGUAUCUGAUGCAAUCGAUGAUAUUGUUUCUCGUGUUCAAGAUAUAUACAAUUUAAAUGCUUAUAGUAAUGUUGGACAUAAAUUGUACACUAAAGAAGAAGUAAUAUAUGCUUUACAGUAUAAAAGGAAAGACGUAUUAAAUACAGAAGCUGCAGAAGCUAUGUUUACACGUGCAGUUACUAAAGUUGGAGAUUUGUAUAAAUACAAUCGUGAUCCCAGAUUAAGAAUAAUAGUACGUCCGAUGUUAAACAUACAGAUGCAUGCGGAAUUCUGGAAGAAAUUCAGAACACCAAGCUUGCUUAUUGUGGCAAAUAGCUCGAGUACAAGAGAUUUACUGAAUAAAUACGCAAAACAAAUAGAAAGUGUAACAAAAGAUAAGAGCAUAUUUGAUAUAGUUUCUGUGGAAGGAACUCAUGAUGUACAUAAUAAUUAUCCUGAAAGAGUAGCACCACAUGUAUAUAAAAUUCUAAAGAAUGACACAAAGAGUAAAUUAUAAAUUUUUAUUUUUAUAAAAUAAUUUUUUGUACUACAUAAUACAUCAUUUAACAGUAAAUUUAGUUUAGUCAACAGCGAAAAUUAUAGUUUAUACCAUUACUUAUAUACAUGUAUGGAAUAGUAUUUAAACAUGUAAAACAAAUGUACAUUUCAAGUGGAUUGCAAUUAUACAAAAUUGAACACUUUA